AUGGGCCUGAUCCCCCGCAGAGCGAAUGGUGUGGAACUGCGUGGGCGAGCUGCUGCUCAGUAUUCCAGUCAUGGCUCGUUUGCAUCGAGAACCGUCCAGGCCAGUCCAGUAUGAUUAGUUGACCACUGUAGUGUGGAGUUGCACCCUAUUAUCAUUAAAUGGUGCUUGUCAUGAAGUCAUACACUCCUCCCUGUCUCUCUAAUUACACCCCCACUGCUGGGCUCAUAGCAAUUACGGCCUGCCGCCAGAAGGCUUCAUCGUUUAUUAGGCACAGAAGAUAACGGACACAACAACAACAAUAACAGUCAAAAAGCAGAAUUCUUCAUAUUUAUGCCAAACAGCAACAACAACAACGUAUCCCAUCAGAACAUUAUCCUGAUGUCAUUACAUGGAGGAACCAAAGGUGUGUUUUUAUAGUAGUAACCAAAGGAGAGAUGAAUCCCAGAACAAGAGAAACAUGAAGAUGUGUUUUGACAUGGUGAGAAGAGAGGCAUCAGGUGUCUUUCUCUGAUUUUUAACUGGUUCAUUACUUCAGCAAUAAGGAAAAUACAUACAGUAAGUGAACAAUUUAUACACAGCUCUGGAGCCAAAUUUGUUUUCAAUCACUAAUUAAUCUUUAUCCACACAGGAGGAGUAACUACAUGAGGUGCAUAGAUUAUAAGAACAAACCAUAACUAUAUCUUAACACUCUCUUUAAAUAUCUGAAUGCCCAAAAGUUCCUCCUUUUCUAAGUUACUGUCAUCCCACCUCUAAAAACCAUAGACUGUAUAUAUUAUGGACAACUUGGUUCCGCCUCCCGCCUGUAUACGGAUUUGAAGCCAAAUAGCUCUCGGUAUUUCCGAGAUUUUUCUUCAUUUCCUAAAACCAGCGCUGCGCAGUAGCAAUGCGCGCAUUCAGCCGUGCAGUCGCCGAGAGUCGCUGUGAUGAUGCUCGCCUCAAACGGCGUAUCCCCCCGGAACAGCUACACAAUCGCUGAACGCCCAUAGGCUGUAUCAGGUGUCAAUCAUAGAAAACAUGAACCCCCACCAAUAACUUUUAAAAACAGUGCUAAACAGAAAAAAGAGGACUUGAGCACAAACCAGUCUUACAAUAACUGUAUGUCAACAUCACAACCAGGGGGGAGAAAAAUGUAUGUUCUGUGUCAUUAAUUUCUCAAGUUUGUCCACAGCCCCAUAAGCUUUGCUGGCGGAGGUGGGAUUUAUGACCUAUACUGCAGCCAGUCAACAGAGGGUGCUGUUCUUUGAGUGGCUUCACCCAGCAGGGAGGCAGACUCUGUCCAUUCUUUAUACAGUCUAUGCUAAAGACCAGAGAACCAUAAACCAGUUUAUUCAGUCUGUAAGAGACUGAGCAACCAGGCGUAGAACAAAGGUGUGGAAAAAGAUCUUGAUCCUUUUAAUUUUACUCAAAAAAAGCAGAAAUGAAUAACAAAAUAUAAGUGAUGUGUCCUUUCGUGCCGAGGCUUCAAAGCAUGUGUCGAGUAGUUAAGGGGGCGUGUAUCGAGGCUUGGUUCAUAUAGGGGCGGAGCCAAAAAUUGAUGACGUCUGAAGCCUUGCUGUCUGGCUGUACCACAUAACUGAUUCAAGAAACGGUUCGCAGGUUUGUUGUAUGAUUUAACAGGCAGCGAAACGCAACGGAGUCCUCCCCCACUCACACUCCAUAGACUCGAGACUUGUUGAAAAGUUGUUUUUAAAUACGAACAAAUGAAAUGUUUAUGUUUUAUUUGUUGUCCCCGUAACAAAAGUACAAACAACAAACUAAGUAACACUGGCACAUUCACAUCACAACCCUCUCCAUAAUUUAUUGAGUUUAUUGUAUCACAAUCUCAUGGCAUCACAUUCAUUCAUUUAUUCAAUUCAAAGCUUCGCGCACCAAAGCCUCGGGGUGUCUUUAAUAAUCACUCUGCCUGUUUUACAUUUAUAGUCCACUUGAUGGUCCAGUAGAGCAAAUGAAGCACAAUAACGAAGCUUCAGCCCAGAACUCGAGCAAUUGGAUGGAAAGCUUUGAUGCUUCAAGAGGCUUCAUCUAGCCAUCACUACAAAAUAUCCAACUUAAUGUGGUAGAAAAUCAACAAAAUCUGGGCCCACACUAAAAGAGGUCAACUUAGCAAAAAAAAGAACUAAAGUUACAACCUAACAAACAUAAUCAAACAGACCGACUAAGUGAUACGCGUCAGGGGUUUAAAUAGAUAAAGGACGAGUCCAACAUAAACACAAGGGGGAAACUAAGGUGACUAUAAACUAAACAUCUAACAAACUCAGAAAAACACCAUCAAAUUAUCCAAACCAUCUGUUUACAGAAAAAAACCUUAAUACUGUGCACUGACUGAAAGAAUAAAGACAAAAGUUUUAUAAAGAAUCAAAAGUCCAAGCUCCUCCUUGCUUCCCCCUUGAUGGUCUGUCCCACUUCCUGUGGGUCGGCUUAAGAGGCCAUCUUGGAGCUACAGACAGCUUUUUGUCAGGUCAGCUCAAACAAAGACAAACAAAAAGGUAAGUAUUGUUCAAGCUCAAACUCAAAUUAAAUCAUGAUGUAGAAAAUUAAACCAAGUGACAGUUUGUUAACUAAAUUGUUUGCACCCAAAUUAGAAAACAACUGCAAUAAAUGCAAUAAAAGUGAAUUUAUCUCAACAAAAAAAGUAUGUAAUGUAAAUUUUUUAAAAACAAAUUUACUGUGUUAAAACCUAAAGACAAAGAAAUAUGAACACAAAGUGGGGGUUGAGGCCACCACACAGUCAAACAAAUGCUGUUUUCUGACAUUGUGGAUGUUGAGGAAUUGUUUCCACUAUUGGCGCCAAUCAGAGAAGUUACAGUAAGACAAAUAUUUGGUUGUUUUAUACUUUCAUGAAAAAAAAAACGAGUGCUAGUGUUUGGCAAAAAAUAUUUCAGUGAAAGGUUGAAAAGUUAAGCGUGCUGCUUAGAAAAAAAGAAAGGAACCAAGAAUGAACGGUUACCAUGCAGAGAUCUCAUCAUUAAAAUCUUUAUGUGUAACUCUGUAAAAUGAAAACUCACCAUGACUGACUAGUUCUGAGCUGUAGUAGGAAGAGGCUGUAUGCCUAUGAUGGCUACUUUAUUCAGUGUUAAAAUGAUAACUGUAAAGAAAGGCUUAAAUUUCUGCAGUUUAACAGCUGAAUGAUAAGGGUACACACCUUUAGCAGUAUUUGAGCUUCAUAACCCGAGCCUGAUGUCAGAGGAAAAUGCUUGCGGUGAGUCUGGGCUGUGAAGUGCAAGAUUCAAGAUAAAGCUCAGCUGUGGUUUUUGUGUUUUAAUCUGUUUGAAAGUGAAAAUGGUGGGAGAUUAAAAUCAGCUAUCACCAGCUUUUAACAUUUCUCUGUCCAGUUGACAGGAGCACACUGGUUUGAAUUAUAAGGAAUUAUAAUUAGAUAAGGCUAGGUAGUAAAUUGUAUUUGCAGUGCUAUUAAGAGCUUUUAGGUUUAUUUACAUUAAGUAAGCUAGCAGACAGAUUUAAUCAGGCAAAUCCAUCUGGAUAAAUACUGUUAGAAAGUUUUAAGCCCUCUGAGAUUCAUUGUAUGAAUGGUACAAACAUAAAGUCUGACAUGAAGUCAGCCUGGUCAGAUAUGAUCUCUCACCGUAUCUGGAGUUGAGUGGUUGUCAGAGGAAACCAGAGGUUUUGGUUUUACAAACCACACUGUGUGAGGCCUUUAAAAAAAAAAAAAAGAUGCUAUUGCGACAUGGUCUGCUGCUCACAGUUAUCUCUGCCUUUUUUAUCUGAUCUGAGAGGUUUCUCCUGACUCCCAUGCUGCGAAGCGGACAUCGUCAUGGUGGGAAUAAGAGGAGGCAAAGAAAAUAACAUUGAGCCAAGGUACACACUCACAUUCUGCUUACCCUGUGUGCUUGUGAGAGGUUUCUUGGAAAGCAUUUGUCCUUCUACAAUAAGGUCUCCCAACAAGCUUUUUAUGCUUUCCUGGAAACAGGCAACUCCAAAUAAUCACUCGCCGGUGAGCUGAGGUAAUAUCAGACGGUGAAAGAGCAGCUAAGAAGCCUGAUGGAGCUGGUGGGGGUCUGACAGAGGAGGGUGGCAAACAGGAUGGCGCGGGAGGUGGUUUUUGCUGAUAAAGAAAGGAAAAGAGUCGAUUGUCCGCUCCGCUCUGGCUCUGAUGGCGCUGGAUGCCAUUAAGAUAAGGAGGAUUAGACCUGCCACAUGGCUGUCCAAGUCGCUACAACCUGAGGGACAGGUGAAAAAAAAACACAUCCAGGAGGGUUUGUUGUCACUUCACCUUUCAGAGACCAAAGGGACUGAUCCAUGUGAGAUUGAUUAUUUAAUAGGAUAUUGUCUGGAUUAAAGGCAAUCAAAUAAAACAACAGUUCUAACUCACUAGCAGCUGUUUAUCUUUACAAACAGACAAAUCUCUAACAUUUUAAUCAGCAGGAAUCAAUGGUUGUGCUUUGAAGUCUCACUCCGAUAGUUUUUUUUUACUACUUAAAGUGUUCUCAGUGGUCUUUAAAUUGUGAUUAUGAAGUUUUUACCAAAAAUCCUGUUACCUGUGUAAUUUGCAAGGGCUUUUCUUCUGCAGAGCUCCAGUAGAUCAUUCGCAAUUCGCGUCUUAGUCGCAGGCGGAGACAGCGCUGCUCUGUACACUCCUCUUCACACGCCCCUUCACGUUAGCUUGCAGCCUAACAUUGCUGGUGUAGUAUAAGUGGCAGGUAACAUAGGAGUUAUUCAGCUCUCAGACACUAAUGUCUUUAGGAACAUGAUGAAAGUUAAUAUCAUAAUUAGCUUUCUUACAAUCAUUGUAAUCCGCUAACACACAUGCUUGUUUCACAAUUGUCCUCUGUCUGCAGAGUGUGGCCUCCAUAGUGGGGCUCCGGGGGCGGAGCUUGGAUUGGUUACAUAUGAAAUCUCACUGUUUCUAAACCUGCUGUUUGGGUUUGCCAUAGAUUCUCAGCAAUUUGAAUGAAGAAAUACUCAGAAAUGCAAUUUUGCAUUUAGUUUUCUCAUGAUAUGUCAUCAGAAUAUGCAAUAUGAACAUGUAACCAAUUCCUCCACUGUUUUGUCUGCUGAUAAUGCCACAAUAAUUUUACCUCAUAGUGACUCACACACCCUAGUAAACAAUACAAACGAGGAAUUGGUGAGAGUUACAAGAUAGUUUAAACUUGAUAAGCUCACAAUGGAUAUUAAAAAGUAAUGUUUCAUUAUAUUUGCAGGGAGAGGCAGGAAGUACAGUGUUAGAGGAGGAAAUGAAACAUGCAAUCUCUCUCAUAUUGUUCAUUAACUUUAUAUGAGUCUGUGAUUAAUCUCUAUUUGAUUGAUGCUAAUAUUGUUUGGGCAACAUUGAGAAACUUCAUGUUUUCUCUAAAUGGUCCAAGGAAAUUUCCCCUUAAAAACUGAACAUUCAGUGAGUGUACAACAUACAUAUUAAUCGGAUAUAUUUUUGUUUUUGUGUACAACUAUAUAUUCUUACUGUUUUUGUACUAUCACAUAGAAACGUUCACCAGCUGAAUUCUCUGAUUCAUUCACAUGGAUCUUCAUCUUCCUCAUUAUAAACCAAAUAUGCUCAGAUUCCCCUCUGAUAUGCCAAAAGUCACUUCAUUAACAGCUCCCCUCCCCAUCUUUAGAAGUUUUAAAAGGAGAUUUUUUAUCACAUCUCAAUCGUAGAGUCUUCUUUUCCUGUUUUCUUCAUCAACUCCAAAUUGGCUUUUAUAGAUAUUUGUAUGUUCUUUAUCACCCUCUCAUGUUUUGUAAUGUUUAUCUAAAAUUGUGUUGUUAAUUUUUUAUCACUGUGUUGUUUUUUUUAAUCUAUUUAUGGAGAAAGGUUUGGUCCCUUGGAUGAUCCCGCUGGCUUCUUGACCUCACCUGACACAUUAUUUACUUUUUAUUAUUUGCCAUUAUCAAUUUAAGGGUAACACUUUACUUGACGCCUAUCUCCAUAACACAUUCUAAAUAUAUUUAGAAUGUGUUAAAAUCAUGUUGUAGCACUGUAUAAGUAAACACUUAUAAAUGAUCAUAAUGCUUUAUAGCAAUAAUCAUAACACAUAAAGCAUUGUAUCAUGACUUACAAGGUCAGGUAUUAUAAUGUGUUAUAACUGUUAUAACAACAGUUGCAUUAUCUAUGUGGGCAUUGUCAGUGAGUUGUUAACAGUUAUAACAUAUAAUAAUACCUGACCUUGUGAGUCAUGAUAAAAUGCUUUAUAAUGUGUUAUUAUUAUUGCUAUAAAGCAUUAUGAGCAUUUAUAUCUAUAGUUAUACAGUGCUAUAACGUGAUUUUAACGCAUUAUACAUAUAUUCAUAAUGCAUUAUAGAGAUAGACGUCAAGUAAAGUGUUACCACUUUAAGAUUUAAUUUAAGAUUUAACUCGAUUGAGUGGUUAAAACAGCUACAGGAUAAAAACAUUGCUUAUGGAGAAUCAGUGAAAAACUAAGUGAGUCCUGAGAGGAGAUUUAAGAGAUGAAAGGAAGUUUGUUAAAGCCUGAUAGUCUCCUACCUUGUGCGCAGCCGAGGGGCCCAGACUGCAUGUCCAGAUUUCAGCACCAUUAGAGCAGUCUGCAGGAAGAUCUCUACCUUUCAUCUGUUUAAAAGAAACUCUGAGGAUUACAGGUAUAGACUCCAGCCUGACAACAUGAGGCUUAGAAAAUAACAACAUAAUCAAUGCUUAAGCUCACAGGUAACCAAUUAGGAGCUGCAACAACUAGUUAUUUAAGAAAGUGUGAAAAGCCUGGAAGCACUGCUAUGGAAAAGUUUCAGCAUCUGUGUGGUCUGUUGAUACCAAGUGUUAUGCAAUAGUUGAGUCUGGAGGAGAUAAAAGCAUGGAUGACCUUUUAAAACGUGCAGAAAAGAGAGUGGUACCAGGCUUUGAAAGACCUACCACACUGGUGUUCUGUUUAUGCACACACGUGUUUGCCUCUGGCUAAUCGUGCAUUACACACUAUGACAUCUAACUUACGUCAAAUUGUGCCUGAUAACGGUCCUCAAAUAAAUAAUCUGAGAUGAAUUGCACACUUGUUUAUUUUUACUAGAACUAUCUCCGCAGUGGAUGAGACACGUUUGAGAGCAUCAAAGUUUGUUUGGCUUCUUUUCAAACCACAAAAGGUUAUCAUUCGGCCCUCACUACACUCAACCUCUUUGACUACAUUUCAGUGAACUUUGUUCAGUUCUUUAUCAGUUUAACAUAAUAUUUAAUGAAAGAAACUAUUUAUUGUUCGUGUUCUAUAAAACAGUUGAAAUCAAAGGAUGAUCUGACUACGUUUAGCUUGUUACUAGGGCUGGGCGAUAUGGGAAAAAGUUUAUCAUGAUAUAUAUUUUUUCAUUUCUGUCGAUAUUUAUAUAAAUCACAAUAUAAAAAAUUAAAUUUGACAGUGCUUAUUGGUGGCAUUUCUUUUGGAAUACAAUAAGCUACUGCAUCUGUGAGGUCUUUGUGUCUCUUUGACGUUUUGUCAUAAGGCGUUGCGCUAGAGGUGAGCCCUACUUGUUACACUGUUGUGAGGGGCCUUGGAAAAAGCAAAUUUAAAGGAGUAAGCGCAACACGUAUUUACGUAAAAAAAAAAAAGUACACAUUCAUUGUAGAUCUCUCCUUCUUAAAGGCAUUCUUUCCUACUUUUCUCUAAAGAAUUAUACAUGGAAACCAUCUGGUUUUGCUUGAAUAAAAGUGAGAAGAGAAGCAUCGAAGAUUUCCCCAGCAACCCCAGCAGCAGCAGUCGUCUUUGUCCCUACCAUUAUACCUAGAAACGGUGAUCUAAUGGAUGCUGAUUUACGAGACGAGGGCGGGCACCAUGAGGUCUGCUUCAGGUUCGGUUCCUCUAAGUUAGUCAGCAGUGGGACCUCAUAUUGUGUCUUUAAUGUCACUGCUGUGCUUAAUGACCUGUGUGCUGCACUGACGCCUAUUAAACACAUGCAGUAAAUCAGCAGAGGGGGAACAUGCCAGUUAAUCACAGGCUUUGUUUCAGGCCGAGGGGAGACAAUGAAUCUCGCUGAGCGCCACCAAGCUGACAGAGAGUGUGUUAGGACAACUUGCACCGUCACGUAAGACAGCGUUAAACGACAGUCAGUGCCACUAUUUCAUUCAGGCGCUACUGCAGGCUUAUAUAACCGAGUCUGUGGCAUUGUUAGUGUUUACAAAAAGGGACAAAUGCAAGAUGGUAUCACCUCAUUACAAAAGUCACAAUAAAAUAGCGUCUUAGUCAAAAGCACUGCAAUUAAAAAUUCAAAUAUUCUGUUCCGGUUAAGCUGACUGUCAGUUUAAUCCGACAUGUUGUAAUUAAAACAGAAAAGUGAAUGCAAAGCAGUGAUUAUGACUUUUGUCAGGCUGCAGGCUUGGCAAGAUAUAUCAGACACAAACCUGAAAAAUAAUGGUUUAAAAGCUUUACAUUAAAAGAUCGAUGUAUUUAUCCAGCAGGAAAUAGAGCAAGAUGUUGUAACAUCCUUUGUUGCAGCCAAAGAAAAUAACACAUUACGCAACUAGUCAUUUGAUAACAAUUUUGGUUAUGAGACGUCUUUUUUUUUUUUAAACAGAAAUAACCAAACCAUCAUCUUGAAAAAGCAAACCUCCCGUCUUCCUUUUUUUUUUUUUUCUCCUCGAGUUCCCAAGCGCACAUUUCAUCUUCAGCCACAAGCUUUUAGCAAAGUUGAGCAGCCUUCUCCAUCAAAUACGUACAGUAGCAUUCAUCAUCAAAAGCCUAAUUAAAAAGCUUUCAAGCUUGUUUUUUCAGACCCACUAAUCACAGAGACAUAACAAUAUUCAUUUACAGCCUGCGCCCGAACAAGAAUACACCGGCUCGCAGCAAAAUAAAUCUGAAAUAAUCAAAUCUGAGGCCCCCCCUGCUUAAAACAUAAUGACAAACAAAAACCAGAGGUAUUUUCUGCAAUCGAGUCUGUAACAUGCAGGAUUCAGACUGCAGGGGAAUAAAGAUGUGAUGAGUGCAAGCAACUUGUUAAGCAUUAUAUAAUGACCAUGGCAGACGAGGAAAAAGCUACACAUUGAAUGACAAGAAAAUCUCAGAGAGGCUCCCAUCCACCAUGUAAAAGCUCAGAUCUCCAUUAUUUCUAAUGAACCUGAGUUAUCGGUCAUACACAGAGGCCCCUCUGCGAAAGAUCACGCAGCUUCUCUCUGGAAAGUCAGAUGCACACAUUUUAUUUUCAAUCUGAUUUCACGGCUCUUUGCUGCAUUCAGUCACAUGUAUGGAUGCAUGAGUCUCCUGCUGGCAGAGCACCUAUCUCCACCAUCCGCACAGGGUGAUGUCAUAGUUCAGAGGGACGGGGAAGAAAAAACACUUUUGUGCUCGAUUACACCAGCUUCCUUUCUGGCCUUUUCUGACAUGUGAGAGGAAGAUCUCUGGACUUUUCGUCCUCUGGAGAAACAAGUAGACCUUCAACAGUCCUUAAAGUCAGCAAAAACAGGGGUCUUACUUUUAAAAUAAGAGUGAAGAGUAAGAUGCAUGCCAUGUUGUAAUUCAAUAGUGAUUAAUGACAAAUCUUUUUGGUAAAAAUUUAAAAACAGUUCAUUAAAAAAGAAGAUAAAUGAGUAAAGCCAGUACCACGUGCAUUUUUUCCAGUACAAAAAAUUACGUAAUGAAAGAGUGUUAUCAUCUUUUCUUCACAUUUUACAGCCUGGUCAAAAGAGAACAAGGACUACCCUUAAUAAACUAAACAUAUUACUUAAAUUAAACAAAACUGCAAUCAGGACUAAUCCUACCAACUCAGAUGACUCAACUCUGGCACUGCCGUUACAUACAUUGAGUUACCUUUUCUAUCAUAUUCAUAAAUGGUGUUGUUUUGCAGUGGCUCCACUGACACCUACCCCCUCAUGACAGUUUCAGACAUUAAAACUCCAAGAUAAAAAUGGCCAAUUUUGUCAUGGAUGGUCUUGUUUGCUUUUGUUAAUCAUAAAAAGGCUUUAACAUAAACUUCAGUCUAUUUCUUAAAUGUCAAAAAAAUCCUCACAGGAGCUUUAAAUUAUAACUAAGUUCUUUUUUUUUGGUACAGAUGCCAACCAGAACCAUUUAAGGUUAGUUGAUUAAAAGAGUCUUUGUUUGGGGUCUGCUCAUUUUCAGAGGCUUCCUCCACUGUUGCCUUUAUCUACAAAAUUAUGUCUAUUGAAAAUGACAACUAUGAAAUAAAGCCAUAUGUUUUAGACCCCAUACUUGACCCUGGAAAGUUUGGAAAGAGAAUGACAAGAAAAUCUCCAGUAACAAAGAACAGAGCAGGAUGUUUCUGUUUCAUAUGUUUGAUAAUCAGUACGCUCUUUAAAGGUUCACAGGUUCCUCAGACAUCACAAGUCAAGAGAGUCACUCCAACAGAUAUUUACCCCACUUUAGUUCUGACAUUGUUUUUAGAAAAUGAAAUACCACCUCUUCAAAAUUAGUUGUACAAAAGUUGCUCAAAAAGAAGCAAGAUGAUUUCUACCAGCAGGAAAAAUCAACAAAAAAACAAGAGCACUCUCGAUAAAUAAAUUGAAUAUAUUUUUUCCUGUCUUUAAGUGAAGAUAUUCGAUUCGUUUUAGAGUUGUAACACUUGCUUGUGACCAGCCUGUAAAGUGCAAAGUGGAGAAAGAUGUUAGCAUGCAAAAAGGUUUGCUUCCUGUUUUUGUAAUAUUGUGUAAACACACCAAAAAACAUCAGGCAGUUGAGAGUGGUGCAGUUUUUAGCCGUGCCUCUGACUAUUCACCCUGAAUAUCCACGUUAAAAGAGUAUAAUAAUAUCUGUGACCCUGGAAGUCACAUUCAAUUUUCAGAGAUGAUUAAAAUAAAUGAAAUUACACCUGAUCCAAAAUGCUCAGUCACCACAGUGAGUACAUGAGAGGAACCAUCCUCUCUGCUAAAUAAAAUCUAUAAAUAAAUGAUUAACUCAGUAGCAAACCUCAGCUCCCUGCUGUGAUGCGCUCUGUCAGUCAUGUUGUUGAUAAAUCACAGCGAGGUGUCUCUUCAAGAUUCCUCUUUAGUGAGUUUAAAUGGUCUCACACAGGGAUCUUUAAGUGUAUCUUAAAUGCGUUUUAUAUUUUAGUUUAGCUCCGCUUUAAAUUUUUUGAAGUCUCAGUUUGUCUCUGGACAGCAGGACCACCUGAGGAGCAGGGCGUCUGUGAGCAUCAGCCAAACACACACCGUGGCCCCACUUCCUCUUUAUUAGCAGCUAAUUAGCGUGGUUAAUCAGGCUGAUAAUGAGCCUGGGCACCAUGCCAUUUCAAUCUGACACCAGGGCCAGGGUUCAGAUCCACAGCGGGUGAGCACACUAUGGGCACCUGAGAUCUCCCUGAAGGUGAGUCCUCCAGGUCACAGGAGUAGAAAGGAAAGAAAACAGCCAUACAUGGGUUUAAAUCGUGUACCUUUGUGGCUGUGAAAAGGGGUUUAGAGACUCUGUUGUCAGUCUGUAGGGGGUUUAAAAGCUUUCCUAAUUUUUCCACUCUUUUCACCUGGAGGAAAAAGAUGCAGACGCUCGCUGCGGCACAUCCUCUUGACCCCUUUAGACACAUUUCAUAACCCUAAUCACCGCCUCAUAACACGAACGUCCCUGAUUUUUUUCUUAUCACAGGGCUGUAAUCGAAAACAAUCCGGUGCUAUAACCUCCCAUCUGCCUCCCCUGCUCUCUCCUCUCACCCCUCCUUCCAUCUCUAUCUCUCUCCCCCUCUCCCUCUCCCUCUCUCUCUCUCUCUCUCUCUCUCUGCUGCCUCACUCAUUCCCCGAGCAGCACAGCGAGCUGGAUAAACGUCUCCUUCAGCCCCGCAGCACACAGACUCAUUUCUCCUCACACCAGCUCUGAGUGGAUGCUCAGCAGGGGUGUGUGAGAUAUUAGCACACUGUGGGAGGGGGGGAGGGAACUCCUCAGGGACUUCUGCCAUCCACAUACAACAAAGGUAAGCCUGUGGAUUUCUUAUAGAUAAGAUUCUUGCUCGCCGCUAAGUAUCAAAGUGAAGUUGAACUGCAGCUUUCAGACAUCACAAAUGUCAGAUUGUCAGGAGGCCUAAGAAAAACUUCUAAAAGUGCUUUGUGUGAUUUGCACAGAUUUGACCUUUUUGGACAUUUAUACUCAGGAAUAUUGGAUACUUGUGUCAACAGGAAGUGUGCGUAUUGUUGUCAGCCUGACCCACAUGAGUUUAAUCCUUAUUUGUCUGCAAGUUUACAGAAGAACAGUGCCGGUCAGUGAGCUCAGCCACAUGUAAUCCUAAAACCUGAAAAUAUUCAGUGCAGAUUAGCCUCACUGGUAGACAAAGUGUUUUAUGUGUUGACACACUGACCUGUUAGAGGAUCAGAACUUUGUUUUAAACAUCCUUUAACAUGUGUACUUAAAUGUUUGUCCUGCUCAGACAUGAAGUGGUGGGCAUAUGUUGAGAAAUUUCCAGCAAAAUGAGGAUGUAAAAAGUGAAAAAUGUCACUCUAAAGCUUGACAUCCAUAAUCUAACUCCAAAUCCAAACAGGAUCAGUAGCUUUACAUUAAGUUUGAAAAAAAAGAUGCAUUAUUCAACUUGUAUCCUUUAAAGGUUCUGGUCUUGACUUGAAAGUUUGCAGCGCUGAUUUGACCUCAAAUAUCUCCUUAAAAAAGUGCUCCAGCUCAGUGUCCCUGCAACUGGAUUUGUUGUCUUUUUUUUGUAUGGAUGCACAUUUGCAGCAUGUGUUGUUUGUAUUGAUAGUUACUGUAAUGUUUUAAUGAAAUCGCCUUAGUCAGAUCUCUAGCUGUGUGAACCAAUCAUCUGCAGAGGCCUGCUGAGCCGCACUGAGAUGCUGUUGGAAAGAAGCACAUUCCCUCUGUCGCUGCAGCUUUUUGUUCUGCUGUUUUAGUUCAUAAAAAUGGAAAUAGACUCUUAGGGCUGACUGGCACCCUACAUGGGGAUUUUAUUUUGCCCUGGGUUUUGUCUGCCAGGCCACACGGAGGUAGUUCUCACUAGUUAAGAGGAAAGAUCUCCAAACAACGCUCAGCACGGAAAACAGAACCACUCACUUGACAUUGUCCAUAUGUGCAGAUAGACUGUCUUCAUUAUCAGAAGAUUGAAUUAGCUCAAAUUUAACAUGUCAUUUUUCUUACUUCACUGCAGUUCAUGUUACAUAAUCCUUCAUUUGUGACUCAUCUCUUUGUGUUGCAAACAGGUCUUCAUGUAACUCUAUCGCAACUAUAUUCCAGAUCUGUGAUUUUCCAUCUGCUGAGAUGAAUGUCAAACUAUUUAGCAUAUUAAUUUUAGAUAUUGAGAAGUCUUUAGAAACACGAUGAACUGCUUGAUACGCCUCACUACAUUUUUUCUACUUUAUAUUAUUUUCAUUUGACGUUACAAAGAGAGAUAUACGUGUCUGAGUUACUAAAAAAAAACAGAAUCUUGACAAGAAAUCAAACAAGAGUAAAUGCUUCAAUGUUUGUUUGUUAACGAUAAAUCUGUAAAGCUUUUGUUGUUCAAUAAUAAUGAAUAUUGAUGUACUUUAUUGGGGGCAAUUUGACAGUUUUUUGGGGGGUUUAUCUGUUUCAGUCCAGGGAACUAAGUGCAAAAACAUCAUACUUAGUUUCAGAGACUGACUUUCUUUGUAAUCAAGAACCGUUUCACAAGGAAGAGAACAGUUUACAGUAUUUCUUGAUUUAUUUGUGGUUUAUUUGAAUAAAAAUUGUACUAAUUCCUGCUUUUUUUCAGUCAAAAAGACUGACUGAGUGGGUUCAUGAGUGGGUUCUCUGCAGCGGUCAUGGGUUCGAGUCUGGCCCUGUCCAUGUGCUGCAUGUCCUCCCCCCUCUCUCUUUCUCUAUCUAACCAUAUUUCCACACUGUCCUUUCCAUAAAGGCAAAAAUCACCCCAAAAAUACUCAUAAAAAAAGAGUGGCAGCACAGCAAUCUGCUGACAUUUAAAGUUGUUCAUUUCUCACUUUAAGACAACUAAUCUUGUACCGACACAGCCGAGUGCCAAUAUUCCACAUUUUUUCCAUAAAAUUGAGGCUCGACUUUAAUGCAGUUGAACAGGAUUUGGCCUCAGAAGCCGUCUCUGUCCAGUCGUAAGCUCUAACAAGCCCCUGCCCGCUCUUCAUCACUGUAGAGCCAGAUAUGUGCCCAUGAGUAUUCAUCAGGCAGGGCUAAUGGGCCACAGCAGUGUGAUUUACAGCGCAGCCUCUGUCAAACCUAAUGAUAGGGCAAUGGGGCUGGUUAUGGAGAAACAGGUGCUGCGCAGUGAAUAGAUGCAAAGCAAUGCUACUGAAAGCCACGGGUGAUUGUGGUUUUGUCCCCUGCACAAAUGCUCAUUUGCAAUAUUGUGUUCACACAUACAUAAUUAUUGUGCAUAGAAAUUGGCUUUCUGGAAGCACAGCUAGGGACCCGGUGUGUGUGCAUGUGUAUGUGUGUUUGUUGGAAGUAGAUAUUUAAACCUACAAUGGUCACAGAAAGUACAUUUAAUGGUUAAUGACAUUGUCCAUGGAUUAAUGUCACAUUCAAUGAAUGCUCUGCCCAAAACUUUAUGAACAACAGAUGGAGCUUAAUAACAAGUAAUGUCAUAAAUAAACUUAAAUACUCUGGACACCAUGUACUUCAUAUUCUCAGGUAAUUAAAACAGGUGGGCUGAGCCCUGGAGAGUUGUUAUAAUUAUAGUAAACCAAUCAUUUUAAUAACCAAGGCAUCAUAUGUUGUUAGGACUGGACCAUAUGGAGGGCAAAAAUGGGAGAAUGAGAGAAUGUUAUCGAAUUUAGUGGACGCCAUAAAAUAGUGAAAUAUAGGGUGAGUACAGUAGAACUUAAAGCUACUAUAAGGAUUUUUUGUAUGUUUCUGAAAUAGACUGAAAUUCAUGUUAUUUUCAUUUUGAGGCAGCCAAAAGUGAAGAAGACCAUCAGCGACGAGAUUUAAGAUUUUUAUUUUGUUUAUUUUUCUCAUUUUUAAUAUUUGGAUACAAACUCCACAAAAAAACAAACAAACAAAAAAAAAUCAUAAAUUGGCCAUCAAGCAGAAACAAAUAUGAAUUAAACUAUACACAUAAAAACAGAUAAGGAUGAGAACAUUUUUUUUAUUUUUUACACCUGAAAACAAUGUGAGGAGGUAGGUGUCAGCCAAACAGCUGAAGAAACAGCCCUUUUUUUCCCAUAUGAAAUAAAUACAGUUAAUGAUACAUUUGACUGUCAAAUGUCAGCAGGAUAAGAUUUUAAAAAAGAUUAAACUUAGUUACGCAUGUAAAGAACAAGAUAAGUAAAGACCGCUUUGUCUGCAGGAGAUUGACAAAAUUGACACGCACUGAAGGUUCCUCACAGGAGCUUUAAAAAUAUCCAAAACUGUGUAUGGCAAAGACAUGAGAUGGUGUGAAAAAAGGAAAAAGUAUUUUGUGAGAAAUAAAUCUUAGUUUAAGUGGUGGAUUAGUCACAGCAAGAAGGUUCAAAUCCCCAGCCGGGCAUUGGCCUUUCUGUAAGGGGCAUUUUCCCUCUUUGCACGCUCUUUCCAGGUACUCAAGCUUCCUCCCACAAUCCAGUGACAGGUCCAUUAGGGUAAUCGGCCAUUCUUAAUUUCCAGUAGUGUGAUGGAGAUGGUUCCAGCAACCCUGCAACCUCCUGAAAAGAUAAAAAGCAAGAAAAUGGAUCAAUGAAAAGGACUCUGAAAAAUUAUUCUUGCACCCCAAGUUCGUGAUCCAACCCCAAUUUGGUCCUUUUGCUCUUGACAGAAUGAGCACUGACAAAAACUCUAUUGAAUUUCAAAGUUGAUUCUCCUUUUCAAGUCCUUUCAAAUGAAGAUCAGAGGGAUUUCAUUUUAAGCUUCUUACUUUAAAUCAAGAUUUUCAAAAGCUGUAUAAUGGGACAAUCCAGAGACAGCUCUGUGCAAGUUCAUAAAGCAGCGAUGUCAAGGCUGUAAAAAAGUUUUCCAAAACAUGUGCAUGAACAAUUUUUCAAAACAUGCAUGAGUGCAAACAUGCAACAAGACGCACAGUUUCACAAUUAUUCUCCUGUCACAGUUUCCUGUCAGUGGAGUUGUAGGUGUUCAGCAGUUGAAGCUCACUCACUGCAGGUCAGCUGGCACAGUUUUCCAAUAGAUCACUGCACAGCCCACACACACACACACACACACACACACACACACACACACACACACACACACACACACACACACACACACACACACACACACACACACACACAUAAAUACGCACACUGGUAGCUCUCUGCCUGGACCAUCCCACACUCACACGGUGUCUUUCCCACAGAGCCGGCAGUCAGGAGGAAUAUGGGCAAAUCCGAAAGCCAAAUGGAUAUCAUGGAGAAAUCGAGUAAACCUGGAAAGCGUCGUUGGACCGUUGCCGAGAUCGGUCUGUCCGUGCUGCUGCUGUUGGUCAGCUGUGCCUUGGCCGGGCUGGUGGUCCUCUACACGUCAGUUGUGAAAGGUAAAACGUCUCUGUCAGUCGGCUCAGUGAGGAAAAAUCUAGAUAUUACAGAUGGCAGCAGUAAUAACAAGUAUCUGUGUGGUCUUGUUUUUGCAAGCCGCAGUAGACACAUGAGGAGAUCUCAACUCUGGAGAAGCUUUCAGACAAGUUUAUACAAAACUGAUGCAUAAAUGUCAACGGAUAAACAAGUUUGGAUGUUAAAAUUAACCAUAAAAAUGUAGAGAAAAUACCCAAAGAAACCUAACCUUUGUGUAAGAAAUUUAAAACCUCUCGUGGACUUGCAAACACAAAAAUACACACCGCUAUUUCCAACAUAAUUCAGACUAAAUCUCUUUUUAAUGUGCCACAUGUCGUCUAAACGCUCAUUUGUUUCAUCCACUCCAGAACAAUACACCAGGACGAGUGUGUCAAAGAGCUCAACAAGUGAAGGUGAGCGUCGGUCACUCUAAUCCGGUAAACUGAAGUCAGGAUAAGCUGUGGGACAAGUGGGUUGGCAUGUGUCAUGUUGGAGGCUGCAUUUCUGAUAGUCACCCUGUAAUACUGUAAUUCCCUUUACUGCCUCAUCAGCAGAGCCGCACAAAAGUGAGCGGAGUCACUGCUGACAUAGACAUUGCUUGCCUUUUUCUCUUACACACACACACAGACUGUGCCGUGGAUCAAGGCUACACAGAAUUGAGUCGCCUAAGCUGUCUCACUUAUUUAAGCGCAGGUGUAAUUUGUCAAACAUGCCGUCUCAUAAAUGUUCAUAAAUGGUUUUCACAGGCCAGCUGUUUCGCGCAAGUCCUCCAGAUGUGUGCACGACUGCAGACUGUGUGACUGCAGGUGAGAGGGUUUGUUCUUUUACUCUCCUCUGAUUCAUUAACCCCACUACCGUGCCAAAAACAAAAAAUAAGCCUGACACCUCUCUGAAUCUCUCUUAAAGCCGCCCGACUCUUGCAGAACAUGGACAAGUCAGCCAAACCCUGCGAUAACUUCUACCAGUACGCCUGCGGGGGCUGGCUGGAGAGACAUGUCAUCCCAGAGACGAGCUCCCGCCACAGCGUCUUUGACAUUCUGAGGGACAAACUGGAGAUUGUCCUCAAAGGUCAGCUCGGUGUCAGGUGGUCAGUGGGCGGCAGAGUUCUGUUCGGAACUGUGUGUGGGGGUUUCAUUCAGAGGAGUAAUGAUUGUGUGUAUUUGUUGUUGCAGGUGUUCUUGAGACAGAGGAAGAGCAUGACAGAGAUGCCAUCAAGAAGGCCAAAAUCCUCUACAGGUCCUGCAUGAAUGAUAGUAAGAAAUUUCACUCUUAGUUACACACACUUAACCCUGUUAUUGACUUUGUUUGACUGGUAAGACCUCAGAUCUCCAUAACAUACUUCUGUUGUGGCUCACAGCCUCUCACUUCCUUCUUCUACGCUUAUUUCUGGAAAUUUGUUGUGACUCCCGUCUUUUAAUUCGCCCCUGUUGGAGAGGAGCUGAAGCUGACUAUAGAAUUAACAUGGAGGUUUUUAUCCCACCUGCCUUUGUUCAGUUUGAACGUUAGUCCGUAAAGGGGAGAGUCUUGGUGUCACAGCAUCACUCAUCCUCUACUAAUUAAAUGCAAAAACUCAUUCUUGUGGAAGCGUACUGCAUUCACUUACAAAAAGCACAUUUUUUUCUCCUUUCCAAAGAAUAUGAUUUUAUUUUAUAUUAUUAUUGUCUUUCUGUUUUUCAGACUAUUUUUUUUAUCUUUCUGUUUUUCGUAAUUUUUUCAUGUUUCUGUUUUUUGGAAUUUUUUUUUCGUCUUUCUAGUUUUUUGGAAUAUAUUUUUCAGCUUUCUGGGGUUUUCUUGUAUUGUUUUUCGUCUCUCUGUUUUUCACACUAUAUUUUUUCGUCUUGCUGUUUUUUCAGAUUAUUUUAUUUUUCAUCUUUCUGUUUUUCCUUUUUUUUGUCUUUCUAUUUUUUGGACAAUUUUUUUUACGUCUGUCUGUUUUUUAUAAUUUUUAGUCUUUCUGUUUUUCGUAUUAUUUUAUCUUUUUAUUUUUUGGACUAUUUUUCGUCUUUCUGUUUUUCCAGACUAUUUUUUUCCCCUGAUACUUCAAAAUCCUACAAGAAUCUCGUAAAAUCAGAUAACGUUAACCACCGUGGCUGCUCCAAAUCAGUGGAUUCUCAAGCUCCCAAAUAACUUCGACUACGGGGUCAAUGAGAGUAAGGCAUGUUAUUAGUUAAACAUAAAUUUUGCAAAUCCUGAGGUGCCUGCUCAAAGUAGACAAACUUAUGCCAAUUCUGUCUAUCUGACUUGAAGAAAGGAGUAUCUCCUAGUGUCUGAAACCCCAAAGAAUGCUCCCAAUAAAUCAAGCAGAGGGGGAUAAAAGCAUCCAAUGAAAGUGUUAAAUGAUCAUGAUCCCAGAGAAUAGAAAAAACAAUUAAUCUGAAAACAAACAAACAAAAAAGUAUGAAAAACAGACAAAUCAGUCAAAAAAAAUGAUUACUCUGAAAAACCAGCCAGUCUGAGCCAACAUGACACCAGGAAUCAACACUCUAGAGUAAAAACCAAGUAUACAUUAACACUUGAGUAUACACUUAUUAAAGAGACUUUAUCGUCUUCCUUUAUGAGCUUCGGAGACGUAUUGAACAAGCAGUCAAUCCAGUUUUUGCUCAACUGGCUUUCAACCAGCGAUUUCACGAAACAGUACUUUUCUCAGAUCAUCACAUGUUGAACAUUACAAAAACAAAUGGGACUUGGUUUUCAUUUCAUCCAAAUCAAACAACCCACAAAGCCUGUUUUUCUUCAGGAGCAUUUCUGAAUAUUUCUGUUUUCCUCGGUGGUCAGAGGAAGAAAACCAGAUCUCCACUGCGCAACCAAGAAUCUGAGAUGUUAUGUGUAAUUCGGGGUUAAAUUUCAGUUUUAUUUGUUUAUAUGUCCUUGGUUUUUGGUUUGAACAUCAAGUUUUUCUCUUUGUCUUUUCAAAGUUCUCAUGGUUCUCACUUUCAAAUUUCCAAAUAAUUCCACUUUUAGUUUGUGUAAUCCCACAAUCUUACGCCACACUUAAACAUGACUGCACAAAAAACAAAAUAGUUUGCAGGAUUUUUGUCAUGAUAUUCUGUUUAUUUACUUUUCUUCUCCUGGUUUUAUUUGAGUACAUUUUGUGUAUUGUCCUUAGUGUUUCUGUUCCCUGUUGUUUCUGUUCCCCUGUAGUCCAGUCUUGUGAGUUUUCAGUUUAUGUUUGACCCUGUUUGCCUCCUGUUCUCUGUGUUUUAUUCUUUAGACCAGUUUUCAGUUUUUUCUUGUUUUAUUUUGUAGUAGUUGAUUUCUUGUGUUUCUAGUCUUGUUUUACUUCCCUAGUUUUCCCUCCUUGUGUUUCAUCUACUUCACCCGUUGCUCAUUUCCCAGUGUGUAUAUAAUCUCUGGAUGUGUCCGAAAUGAAUCACUCAAUCCCUAACUCCUAACGCUAGGGUUGCCAAUUCCCUAAAAAAGAAAUAAGGGACACCUCAAUGGCAGGGCCUGAUUGCCUUCACCCUUCCCAUGGUGAAUUUUUCAAACCCUUUUCUGUGUGUGAAAACAAUUUAAGUAGAUGCAUCCCUUUUCAGCUCAAUACAGAAUGUAUACUUUUGUUUCUAAAUACGAGCUGAUUCCAUUUUGUUCUGUUUUUCAAGGGACAGUUGGCAACCCUACCUAACUCCCAUAUGGGGUUUCACUAUAUAGUUGACUAUGUAGUGAGCUCAAUCACCAGAGGUUUCGGACACUACAUGGCGCACUGUCGUGACGUCACUGCUCGGACUGCCCACUGUUGUGGGAAGGAACGGCAAGUGAUUCACGCAACAGGAUGGCCCAGCCAGGCUAGGCAACUAGAGCUCGGGUUCUGUCUCUUCUUGCUCUUGUCAUCUCCAUCUUUGAAUUGCCGCUGGAGACGCAAUGCAUGAUGCGAUGCCCACCACCGCUGAGUGACCAUCGGAUGGUCACUACAUUUUGCAAUGCUCCAUGGGAAAUUUUGAGUCACCUAUAUGGGGCAUUGGAAUUGAUCACUCAGGUUUCGGACACCCCUCAAGAUGGCGCUAACCCCCAUAUAGUCGCCUAUAUAGGGGUUAGGGAUCCAUUUUGGACACAGCUCCUGUCUUCCUAUCUGUCCUUGUUGGUUCAUUGUUUGUUUGUCUGUGUCCCCAGUUGCUCUUUGUGAUUUUGCCCCAGUGAUUUAUUUAUUUUUUCUCUUUAUGUUGCUUUUUUAUUUUGUUCUUUUUAAAUAAAUCCUUUUUUUUUUGUUCUGCAUUUUGGGUCUUUUCCCUUUUUUUCAUCUUUUUACUGCGAACUGUGACAAUUUUAGUUCAAUAAAUAUGAAACUUACAAUAUUUUCCAAUAUUCCUCCAAUAUUUUGAAGAAAAUGGAAUUCACUACUUUUGGAAACUUUCCCUAACUUCAGCUGCAUAAUUGUCAAGGAUAUGAUGAGUUAAAGUUUCAAAUCUUCUCAAACUUUUGGACACUUCUCUCCCAUAUCUGCUUAGAAGUAGAGGUCAAAGGUUCAUUCUUGCGGUUGAAUUGUUUUAAUAACUUUCCUCUCUUCAAGCAGUCAUGGAUGCAUCCACAGAGAGAACGAUAACAGUGUUGUUGUCGUCUUUUGAAGUUGUUGUGUGUUUCACCCACAGGCCUCAUAGAGCAGCGUGACUCUGAGCCCCUCCUGAAACUCAUCGACAGUAUCGGAGACUGGCCUGUGGCAUCAGAAGACUGGAACACCACAACAGGUCGAAGAAACGCCUCUGAACUCUGUUCAUGUUUACAGUUUCUUCUGCACAUGCAACACAUCCACACAAACAGUCCCACUCAAAUACAUGUGCUCACACAGAAGCUCGUGCGUUUAUAUUUGUAGCCAGUGAAAUGCUGAGUACGGGCUUUGUUGGCGGGAUGGAGAGGCUGGCUGAUGCUCUUCAGUCGGGUGGGGAGCUUGGGAGCGUGAUGAGUGGGCAGAGGAGCAGGGCCUCACUCAGGACUGUGCUGGAGGAGGCUUUAAAUAGUCUACUCUGCUCUUCCCAAAGCUCCUGGCUCUUGCCACUUCAAUUAAAUGCAAUCAUGGAGGGUUGCUCGAACCAAAUUGACCGCACACAGCUGCAUCCGCACACACACAGAUUUACACAGAGAGCUAGCUUAAUGGGCGACAGAGGCAGAGAUGGUUUUUGCAGCCUGUCAUAUUGAAAAGCUCUUAACAGCUAAAGUGUGUUUAAAUUGAAGACCGGGUUUUUUUCUCCUGUUGAUGUAGAAGAAGCGUGGAGCCUGGAGGACACACUCGCAACCCUCACCGGUCGUUUCCAUAAGAAGGUUCUGCUGGACAUGUACGUGUGGACGGACGACAGUGACUCUCGGCGUCACAUCAUUUAUGUAAGAUUACCUACUAUUGGAUCAAAAUAACCAAAAGUUUAUUUCACCGACAUUUACAGUUUUUUUUUUUUUUUUUUUAUCCGUGAAAACAAAUCUCAGAAAUAGAAGGGCAACAUUCAUCUAUCCAUUCAUACCUUUGAUCAAUCCUCAUUCGUCUAUAAUACUACUACCAAGCUGAGUGGUUUCUUGCGGAAAUCAAUAAAUUAAUCAAUUUUAUAAACCUUAAAGACUAAAUAAAAAGUCUUAUAUGUUUCAGAGGCCCGAUCAUUAUAGUCUAGUCGCAGUUUCCAGCCAAAAACUCUAACAUGAGUUAAUAAUGUGUACAAGUCUGGGCCUAAUUUUAACCAGGAUGAUUUGGAUUUGGUGCACCCAAUUCUAUAUUCUCCCUCUAUUGACUGUGUAUAUGGAAUAUAUAUACCAAUAUCAGUAUUGGUUAAUAUUGAAGGCUACAAUAUUGGUAUCAUAUCAGAAUAAUAUAUAUAUAAUAAUGAAAUAACAUGUCACUCUGUGCAGCAUUGUGGCCGCAUGUUAUUUUUCCAGUAGUUCUUCUUUGAUUUUAUUAGAAUAAGAAUAAUAAUUAGAAGAACUUAAUUUAUUAACUUUUAACUAUUAUUUAUUAAUUUAGCAAACUUUGGUGACACCAAUCAGUAAAGAAAAGAGACAUUUAUCUAUUAUUUAUUUUUUAUUUGGGUUUGUUGACAAUACUAGAAACUAAAACUUUAAUAAACUUAAAUCAAGUGUUUCAAAGGUUAUGGACACAAAACAACCCUUUUUUAUUGUUCUUAUGUGUUUAGAUUGACCAGCCAGGACUUGGGAUGCCAUCCAGAGACUAUUACUUCAACGAUGGAAAUUACAAAAAGGUCAGUUUAACUAUUUCAAAUGCAACAACAAAAAUAUAUUGCCACGUUAUUUACAGGUGAUCUUAUAGUUCAGAUAAUUUAGAGUAUGGAGGUUUUAUAUAUAUAACUUUCAUUUGAGAUGCAACUGAGGUGAAACUUCCACCAGCAUUUUAAAGUUGCUGCUUAAUCUGAACUUCUUACCACAGAAAGUAAAAAUCAAAUUGAGUCAAUUUCAAGAAAAUCUAAUGUGAAACUCAUGUGGCAAGUUCUCUCAGGGCAUCUUUCUUUUCUCGAGCCCGACAUCUUUAAUUUGAUUUACCUCUAUUGUCCUGACAUAACCUCAAAUUUGUUCCGGAAACAAGUUUUACAGCUUGCGGUUGCAUCACAGGUUCGAGAGGCCUACCUUCAUUUCAUGGUUUCUAUCGCAAAGAUAACCCGAGAGGACAGGAACUUGACUCAGGAUGACGACCGUGUGUGGGAGGAAAUGAUGCAAGUGCUGGAGCUGGAGACAGACAUCGCCAACGUGAGUGCCAGCCACAACAGGAAAUGUGAAGAGGGAUAGAGAAAAUGAAUAUGACAAGAUGAAAAUUGAGCACCUCCUCUUUGCUUCCAUCAAAUAAGAAAACUAGGAAACAUUCAGUCUGAAUACAGGAGAUCAGCCAAGUUGUUGACCUGUCUUUUUUUUGUGCUUGUCAAGAGCAUGACAAAUAAGACUUUGCUGACGAAAUAAGAGCGAAAUGUUAAUAUUUAUAUUAUUAAGUAUCACUUCAUAGAAAAACUUUUCCUUCCUGUUGCUGGAUAGGCCACAUCACCAGCAGAGGAGCGCCAAGAUGUCACCGUCCUCUACAAUAAAAUGACUUUAGCAGAGCUGCAGAGCACUUUCAGCCUCAAUGUAGGUGUGAUUUCACUUUUUUGUCUUGCAUGCAACAUAAACUGGUCACUGAGUUAAUAAGAGACAAACAAACUUCAACCCCAAUUUCCUGAAAAACACUGAUUCAUAUAAGAGAAAAUCUCACACCUUCCUUUGUUUUGCAGGGUUUUAACUGGACACGCUUUCUCCAAGGUGUGCUGUCUGGUGUGUCCAUCGAGGUGCAGCUGGAGGAGGAGGUGGUGGUUUAUAGCUCUCCCUACCUUGAGAAGAUGAAUGAUGUUCUCUCUAGACACAGUGUCAGGUCAGUCCCAGUGUUUUAUAGAAAAACUGCUCCAUGAAAAUCUUAUCAUGAAAGAACCGCUGUCACAAUCUAAAACUAUUUACGUUUGUAGAACUAUGCAGAACUACCUCACCUGGCAGCUCAUCAUUGACCGAGUAAACAGCCUCAGCCGCCGUUUCAAAGAUGCCAGAGCUCGUUACAGGAAGGUAUAGUGAGCAUGAUGACGCACCGUGGGAGCACACGUUUGUACAUGUCUGUUCAAAUGACUAAAUCACAGCGUCCUUCUGUCUGUCUGCAUGUGUUAUCAGACUCUCUAUGGGACCACCGUGGAGGACGCCUGGUGGAGGGAUUGUGUCCGUUACGUUCAGAGCAGCAUGGAGAACGCAGUGGGGGCUCUGUAUGUGAAAGAGACCUUUGCUGGAGAGAGCAAACAAAUGGUGAGUCCUCAACAAGAUCAAGAGCUUUUUCAUUAGCGGGAAAAGCUGCAUAUUUAGAAAUGAUGCAAAUCUUCACAUAAAUACUAAAGUCCAGCAGAAAAUCUACAACAUAUCACAUUUUUAUUUUUGACUCCAGAACCAUCUUUGUAACCCUCUACAUUAUGCACCAAACUUGAUAUGCUUUAAAGGAAUAUUCCAGCGUAAAAUUAAGAUAGGGUCAAACCCACGGUAACACCGAGUUAGACUACCCCUUGUGAGAUGAAUAUUGCCGACCGCUUCCUUCUCUAGUUAUACCAACUUUAGUAACAACCGCACGAUAGCAAUACACAGCGGUCUGAGGAGCCAUAAACAAACCUCAACCAAAAAGCCACUCUAUAGCCACAAAUAAUGCUCAGAACAGCACCUAACUUCAUCAACAGUACAGAUAGGGUCACAGCCACAGCACUAGCCAACAAACAUCUUUUUAGCUUUGACUAAUUUCUUUAGCAAAGAGAUUAAACACAACUCACCUGCUCUCUUUACAGCAGCCGCUUGUUUGUGGCGAGACUUUGACCAGUCCAUUACUGGGUCAUUACUUUGACCCUAAAUUAAUUCUAUGCCGGAAUAUCCCUUUAAAGCAUAUCAAGUUUGGUGCAUAAUGUCAUAAAAAUAAUAAUUUUCUUUAAGUUAAAUCUGUUUUACUGACUUUGAAUCAUGUUGAAACUUGAGUCCCAUAAUGAUGUAAAACUAUGAUUUCACCUUCGACAGGUCAGUAACCUCAUCAGUAAGAUCCAGCAGGCUUAUGUGGAAACACUGGAGGAGUUAAACUGGAUGGAUGCUGCCUCAAAGGAGAAGGCAAGAGAGAAGGUAAAGUAAACGUCCGUAAUCCAAAAUAAAGUGUGUUUGUGCUCUUGAUGUUAAAGUCAUUCUGUGUCUUUUAUAGGCUAUGGCAAUCAAGGAGCACAUCGGCUAUCCAGACCACAUCCUGCAGGAGAGCAACCAGAAGCUUGACCAGGAAUACGCUCAUGUAAGUAACAACCGGUUUAUUUCCAGGCCGUCUACAGAUGGAUGUCCUCGUCACUGAUUCGAGCUGUUUCUAUUUUCAGCUUAAUUUUAGUGAAGAGCACUAUUUUGAGAACAUUCUGGAGAACCUCAGGUCAGAGGCGCAGAAGAGCCUGAAGAAGCUCAGAGAGCCAGUCGACCCUGACCUGUAAGCUUUCCUAUACCUUCAAUUUAAUAAUUUUUUUUUACAAUAAAUAAUUCAGAAGAUGAUACGAAACAGUGUUAGGGCCACAUAAGGAGAAAAAAAGUAAUUACGGGAAGGAGAUUAAAGUCAAAAUUUCGAGAUUAAAAAAAAUAGAAAUUAUGUCAAUAAAGUCGAAAUUUCGAGAUCAAAAAUGGAAAUUUUAAGAUUAAAGUCAAAAUUUACGAAAUGCCAUGAAUAAAAAUAAAACAAUUUGAGAUUACAUUUUUUAAAUUUCUACUUUACUAUUGUAAUUUCGACUUUUUAAUCGAGAAAUUUUGACUUUAAUCUUGAAAUUUCGAGAUCAAAAAUGUAAAUUUCAAGAUUAUAGUCAAAAUUUCAAAAUUACAAAAUGUCAUGAAUAAAAAUAAAAAAAUUUGAGAUUAAAUUUUUUAAUUUCUACUUUAUUACUGUAAUUUUAAAUUUUUUAAUCGAGAAAUUUUGACUUUAAUCUUGAAAUUUCAAGAUCAAAAACUAAAAUUUCAAAAUCAAAGUCGAAAUUUUAAGAUUACGAAAUGUCAUGAAUAAAAAUUAACAAUUUUUUAAUCUAGAAAUUUUGACUUUAAUCUAGAAAUUUCAUUUUUUUAUUUUGACUUUUUUAAAUUUUGACUUAAAUCUCAAAAUUUCAACUUUAAUCUCGAAAUGGAAAUUUAAAAAAUCUCCCCCCGUUAUUAUAUUUUUCUCUUCCUUCGGCCCUAAUUCUCGUCUGUAUCAUUAAGUAUACCGUGUAAAACAAUCAAGCACUCAUUUGAAAUUAAGUAGAUUACACCAUAAUGUACAUAUUUCCCUGUUUGAAAGGUUAGUAACAACUGUAAGUGAAGCCAAAUACUACAGAUGAUCUAAUAUGAAAUCCAUGCACUGGAAAAGAAACUGUUGUUUUUUUUCUAAGUAAAUAGUUUAAAGGGACGUUUUUGUCUUUUUGGUUAAGUCUUUUUUAAUUACAAAUACUCUCCCAUCACUCCUCAGGUGGAUCAUCGGUGCUGCUGUAGUGAAUGCGUUCUACUCACCAAACAGAAACCAAAUAGGUAAGAGCUUUAUGAGAACGAAUGAGGCCACCUAGUGCCUCUGUGGUGUUUUUAAGAGUUUAUUUGUUUUAUUAUUAAACCCUGUAACUCCUUACUUAAAUCCUCUUUCAUGUUGUCAGCACUUUUCUUAUUUUCUCCACUGUUACUUUUUCCCCCUCAGUGUUUCCUGCAGGAAUCCUGCAGCCGCCUUUCUUCAGUAAACAGCAGCAUCAAGCCCUCAACUUUGGAGGGAUAGGGAUGGUUAUCGGCCAUGAGAUCACACAUGGGUUUGAUGAUAACGGUGAGACACGAGUGAUUCAUCGUGGAAAUGUUGUUUAUCCUGGACAAAUAAACACAGUCGAUCAUUUUCAGUCGUUUUAUAACAGUUUCGCUUUCGUUGAAUUUCACUAACAGCUGUAGCAGGUUACAUGCUUUACAUUUAGAUAACAGUACAUGUUUUUUUGUUGUUUUUUUUUGCAGGGCGUAAUUUUGACAAGGAUGGUAACAUGCUAAACUGGUGGAGUAAUUACUCUGCAGAGCAUUUUAAAGAGCAGUCACAGUGCAUGGUGCAACAGUACGGCAACUUCAACUGGAAGCUUGCAGGUGGACAAAAUGUAAGGGACAUAUAUGCAAUUAUACAUUUAUUUUUCUUUACUCUAAUCCCUCAUAGUGUAAACUGUGUAUUAAAUGACUACGUGUGUGUCGAUGUGUCGUGAAUGCAGGUCAGCGGUAUCAGCACCCUGGGGGAGAACAUAGCAGACAAUGGAGGGGUUCGUCAGGCAUAUAAGGUCGGACAGCAACUGCAUAAAUACUAAAUUAUAUGUCAUUCCUUAGACAGACUUUAGACAGCAUUUUUAAAUGUGUGUUUCUGUAUGUUAAAAGGCGUAUUUAAAGUGGGUGGAUAUAAACGGUGAAGAGCCACGUCUACCAGGACUGGAUAUGGAUCACAAGCAACUCUUCUUUCUCAACUUUGCCCAAGUAAGUAGAAAUAACAGGUGAAACUUGAUUUCCAAAUGUUCCAUUAAAGUAAACAGAGGGCAGAUAAUGGUUUCUUUAGUGGAGGGGGAAAAAGAGAGUGUCAGGGGAUGAGAUGCUGAAGCAAUCCUAGGAAAAAAUCAGAGUUCAGCUUCACACAAAGUGGACAAGAUGUGCUGCCAAAGAAAAGAGCAUCCUGGCGAAUUUACAGAAUAAGCAGAAAACUGUGAGCCACAAAUUAAUAGGUUGAAACCCUUGAGUGAAUUUUCAGGAGCUGAUCUCUCAGAGGUGGACAAGUUUAGUUGUUGUCAGCUAGUCAAGUGGUACCUCAGAAAAUAUGUGUUACCAAACUUGCACUGAUAGAAAGCUAUAAUUUUGAGAACUAUUUGAAGCAAAUUGUUGUAAACACAGCCAGUAUAUUUGGGGUUUAAUUAGGGCUGGGCGAUAUGGGAAAAAGUUUAUCGCAAUAUAUAUUUUUCAUAUCAGUCAAUAUCGAUAUAUAUCACAAUAUAAAAAAUGAAAUUGAACAGUGCUUAUUGGUAGCAUGUCUUUUGCAGUACAAUAAUCUACUGCAUCUGUGAGGUUUUUGUGUCUCUUUGACGUUUUGUAAGACGUUGCGCAAGAGAAAGCCGAAUCGUCAGCUGUUUCGGCUGCACAGGCGAUAUGAGCUCCUUGCUCCUCUCAGGGUUUGUAACGUUUUGCAUUGCGUGUUCUCUGCCAUGUGGCACUGCAUCAGGUGGUAAAAAAGAUUUGAGGAAUUCCCUGACUUUACGAGAACAUGUACUCGACAUAAUUUGCGGUGCACAUUACUCUGUUUCAUGUCCGAUCUCGAAAAACUAAAAUACUUCUGUUGAGCCUUCAUCUGCAUUUCUGCGGGGAUAGCACUCAUUUUCUUUUUUUCUCAUUGACGGUGCUGUCGGCUUCACGUGUUAAAGUGAUAUGGUUGCGUGUAGCUGCAGCCUGCUAAUACACAGUUGUUUGCUCCUCGGUUCUAACUCAGCACAUUAUUGGUUCAGCGCGAAGCGGACCCAGAGCAACUCCCCUUUUCAUAGGCUAUUCCUAUAGUCUAUCAAAACAUGGCGGAAUGCCGACUAUCGAAAAGCGUAUUGACCAUGUCUUAUAUUAAUAUUGAGGGAAACUAAUUUUUGAUAUAUAUCGUUAGCAUUUUAUCGCCCAGCCCUAUGUUUAAUAAAGAUUUAGUCUUUUUACACUUUUUUCUCAUUUCUAGGUGUGGUGCGGUGCUUAUCGGCCUGAGUAUGCCAGCCAGUCAAUCAAGACUGACUCACACAGCCCGUUAGAAUACAGGUAUGGAGACAAAGCAUGUCGAGUUUACAUACGGACAUAUACAGAACCCAAUCUGAUAUGUAACAAGUAGGUCACCAGUGCUUCUCUCUUAACUUGACAUUUAAUCGGCUCAUUAACGUGCAGCUCUCCUCUCAUCUUUAGGGUUCUUGGAUCUCUCCAGAAUUUCGAAGCGUUCUCAGAAGCUUAUCAGUGCCAAAGGGGGAGUCGGAUGAACCCUGAGCAGAAGUGUCGCGUCUGGUAG